AUGGCAUCAUAAGUAGUACCUUUGCAAUCUCAAGAAAUUGAAUAUCUCCAAACCGAGAUGAAUCAAUCUUCUAUGUCUAGAGAGAUUGUUCCUAAAUCUGGACAUUCCUCACAUUAAAAAAGAGGAACUGUUUAAUUAUUUAACGAAAAAGAUGAGUAAGUUAAUUCAAUAGUAGAUUUAACAAUAAUAAUGAUUGGAAUCAUGAGUGGAAGUUUUACAUUUGGAUAUGCAAUAACUUAUUUAACUCUUUCAUUUGACACAGUUUUUGAUCAUAUGUAAAAUGAUUGUUCUAUUAUUUUAUAGAGAAUUGAAAGGUACUAUAAAUGAAGAGCAAGGUUUGUUCAGUGCAAUUUUACCUAUUGGAUGUAUAGUUGGAGCAGUUUCUUCACACUUUCUAAUGUAGGUUUUGACUAGGAAUUAGACACUCAUAAUAGCAGAUAUUUGUGGAAUGUUAAGUAUUUUAUCUUUGGUUCCAAUAAGAGAGAUGAUCUUAGCCUUUAGAUUUAUGUAUGGAGUCUGUAAUGGGAUUUCAUGUAUUGUCAUGCCAAUAUACAUAAAGGAGUUGUGUCCUUAAAAAUAUUAUGAACGAUUUUCUGUUAUGGCAGGCUUUUUGAUUGGAAUAGGAGUUUUGACGGCUUAUAUAAUGGCUUUGGGAUAUUUGAAUCCAGAUUUGAGAGGACCAAAUACCUACUGGUGGUAACUUAUGUUUGCUUUACCUCCUGUAGUUUUUUUCUUUCGGCAAUUAAUUGUAACUGUCAUUUACCAAAUGGACAGUCCAAUAUCGUUACUUGAAAAAGGAUUGCAAUUAUAAGCUAAAAAUGUAGUGGAAAGACUUUAUACAAAAAGUUCUGUAGAAUAGGCAUUUUUGAAGGCUCAACUUAGAGUUCAAUAUAAUGAAGAACAUAAAGAGGGAUUAAUCAAAAUAUUUUCAAAAAAACAUUGUACAACAGUGUCNAAAUUCUAAUUUUUUUAUUACUCACUAAAGACUCAAAAAAAUAAUUUGAAAACUUUAUCUAAGUACUCAAAAUAUAUAGGUUUCUUUCUUAAUAAAUCGAAAAUAUUCAAACUAGUUUUGAUUUAUAAUGAAUAUUUUAUGAAGAAUCACAAAUUAUAUUGUCUAUUUUUAAAUAUUAUUUUUUGUUAAAAAAGAAUGUUAACGUUUAGGAAAAAUAACAAUAUUGUUAAAACUAUUCAAGAAUUAAGUAUUUAAUUGACUUAAUUGUAAAUCCUAUAUUGA